UGCUGAUACGUCCACUUUCGCGCGAGCCUUCGUCGUCCCGCUUCCUCGUGGUGCGCUCCUGGACAUCAGCAGCGCUUGCGCCAGAACGUGGCAGGAUUGCUGGAGAGGGUGUGUGUUGUCGGCUACUUCUGUCUCCCAACUCUUCUCUAUGUGGCGUCCCUGCGAACAACCUCUGCUUUCACUCCUCUGUGGAAUAUGGUUGUUGUCCUUGUGCUCUCGUGUCGCCAGUCAGAAGUGCCAACUACGACUGAAAGCUCCGAGCACUCCAUCAAACCAGGCUUCGACAUCGUCUGGUGCAACAUCUACCACGCCUUCUGGCACACCUACUCAGACAGGAUCAUCUACUGGAAGUUCAAGUGCUUCUCCAACUUUACCAGCGUUCCAAUAUGGAUCGACACCUAUCCGGGCUGUCAAUCUAGGCGGCUGGUUCGUUCUCGAGCCCUGGAUAACUCCUAGUAUUUUCGAGAACACGAAUAACAGUGACAUCGUCGAUGAGUAUACGAUGGGCCAGCUACUCGACACGGACACAGCACUGAGUCUAUUGCAGCCACACUGGGAUACCUGGAUAACCGAGCAGGAUUUCAAAGACAUCUCUGCAGCUGGGCUGACACAUGUGCGGUUGCCAGUUGGUUAUUGGUCAGUCCCUACAAACGAGUCCGUCGCCCCUUACAAUGCCGGCGCUUGGCCCUAUCUUCUCCGUGCUCUUUCUUGGGCUCGCAACAAUGGCGUCCGAGUCAUGAUUGACCUGCAUGGUGCACCAGGUUCACAAAACGGCUACGAUAACUCUGGACAACGAACAUCGUCGCCCGUAUGGGGCCUCAAUCAAGCCAAUAUCACGCGCACGUUGAAUGUUUUGAACACGAUCGCCAGCGAGAUUGGCCACCAAGUCGAUGUGAUCGAGCUGUUGAACGAGGUGGCGGGCUUUGAUGGCAGCCAGUGGGUCAGCGCCGUGACGUCCUUCUGGCAGGAUGGUUAUGAUGUUGUAAGGAAUGCGACUGGGUCAAGUGUAAAGGUCAUGAUUGGAGAUGCGUUUCUGGGAGUUGACAGCUGGGAGGACUUCUUAACUUACCCUUCCGCGCAGGGAGUUAUCAUGGACUAUCACGAAUACCAGAUCUUUAGUGACGCAGAGCUAUCUCGUACACAAGAUGAACACAUCUCUUUUGCUUGUACACUCCUCCCGACCCUCCAGUCUUUUGCGGACUCAAACAUCUGGACCAUCACGGGCGAAUGGUCGACGGCUAUCACUGAUUGUGCUCAAUGGCUUAACGGCCGAGGUGUGGGCAGCCGAUGGGAUGGGACCUUUGGCGACGGAAACCCCGCUUUUGGUUCUUGUGACAACUUCACGGGCAGUUGGACAACGUUCUCGAGCAGUUACAAAACCUAUCUUCGAAAGUACUGGGAGGUACAGGUCGAGAUUGGCGAGAGCGUGCAAGGUUGGGCGUAUUGGACAUGGAAGGCUGAGAACGCAGACGAGUGGAGCUAUCAAAAAGGACUGGAAGGGGGAUGGAUACCUCAAAACCCGGACCAGAGACUGUACCCCGGACUGUGCAGCAACAGUACCAGCGGGAAAAGAUGAGAUGGCUGCUCCUAAGAUACGAGAGGGUAUAUGGACAGCUAAAUGUAGGAUUGCGUAGAUUUUUCAAUGGACAUUUAUGUAGAAUAAUGGGCAACUUCC